AUGCUUUUGCGAGGCAGAAGUCGUCUUGUACGACAUUUGGAUCCACAAAAGUCGCAGCAUGUAUUUUUCAGUGUGUUUCCAGCACUUUCCAGUCUGAAAAAUGUGAUUCCUACCAUUCCAGUGCCUGAACUCCAGGAUUCUUCCACGAUUAGAACUUUUCAGCCGCAGAGCUCUAGACCCCCAAGCAGUAGGAAGCAAAUCUUCCUUGAGCCUCGAGAAACCUUUAAUCGAAAUUUCAACUCGAGGAUCGAAGACAUCAAAAGUUCGGGACUAGAGAACCCCAUCGAAUCCAAGUCUAUGACUUUUAUUGAAUCUGAAGUCGAUAUUGACGAAGCAUCUCCAGAAAGAUUAAUUGGAAUAAUAGACAAGUUCAAGCCAGCUGUAGCGGAGGUUAACCGAAUGAGAUUUCGUAGCAUUCAACAGGAAUUAGAAAAAGCCUUUUCUCAGCAGCAAUUGGCUUCUUAUUUAGAACAGAACUAUUCCAAAGUUGAAUUUGCAAAUAGUAGGAGAUCCACCAGACGAGUUUCAAAGAAGAAGCUUGCGCAGCGUAUUAUCAAUGACAUUUGGGGUAUAAAAGUGAACUCGAAAUUGACGGAAACGAGUGAUUUGAUAACAAAAAAGACUGUACCCCUUUCAGAUCUUGAUAUCUUUUUGAUCAGACUGAAUCGAAGACUUUUGCAUUGGCUCUCUUCCAAUGGAUGUAGAAUUAAACUUGUGAAGGACAAGAAGGAGUUGGAGAUUUCUGGGACAACCUCCCAAGUCAGUAAUGUAGAAGUCAAUUUGAUUGAGUUCUUGAGACAAUCUGAAAAACAGGAACUCAACUUGACCGACAUAAAGCAUUUGUUUCAAGAAAAAUACGGCCGAUUUUCCCUUGAAAAAGUCGCUGGAUAUACCGAUGUUUUUUUCAAAGAUGUAGGAAAUGAUAUUUACGAGGUUCAUUCACAGACUCCACACCAAGUAGAGCGCUUGAAAAGGUUGCUUCUUUGGUCCUUAAACUACAAUAAGCAUUCUAACGAAGUAAUUACACUUCCAGAAGAGCCAGAAAAGAAGCAGCUCUUUCCAUUUAAGGACGAAUUGUCAUUGUCGUGGAACAACAGGCGUCAGCCACUCUUCACGUUGAAAGAUUGUGGUUCUUCCAGAUCAGAAACGAACCAUCGUUUACUUUCUGAUUUGCAAAGAUACGACGAUGCCAAUAUGAACAUAGAUGCAGAGAUACCUAAUAAAGAAAAUGAUAGUGAAGUUGAUACCAUCAUAAAAGAUGAAGACGCCCCUAUACUUUCUCAGAAUAAGAUCAACGACAUCUACGAUCAGUUAUACGACUUCGACUACAGAAAGAAUUUGAUCAGUUUAGAAACUACGCUGUCUCCUGUCUUUACUAUAUCGCUUGGCAAUAUUCUUUUCGAAGGAGAACAGCAAGAAACAAAGAGUGCAAUGAGCAAACUUUUCCCUACACCACCAGAACUUUCUGAAACAACCAAGUUUAAGUUCAACUCUAACGUUCAGUUGGUAGCUGACAAAGCACUUUCUCUUCCUAUCCACAGUACCAGUCUGACAUCAGGUUCAGAUGUAUUGGAUGACAUUUUCAGAGAUGAACGUUACAAGAAUUCAGUCCAAAUCACGUUCUUGCCUUCUUUAUUUGUAGAAGACAACAAGGAUAUCAAGAUGGAAGACUUAACCAAGUUUCAACCUGUGGAGUUGUGGGUUGAUCUUAAGCACAACAUGACUCCAGACAUGGACACUUUACAACUUGUAACAGUAGAAGGCGAGAAUACCAAUUACGUUUCGCUACCAUCUUUUAAGUCAGACUUGAAGGUGAGCUGCCAAUUAUCAGGAAAUCUUCUACAAGAGAAAGGCGAAUUGGCUCAAGACUUUGAGCUCAGUAUUGACGAUAUCUUGAACUCACAAGCCGACAGGUAUACACGGUUCAAGUCUCAACCUGGACUUGGUGGCUUUCUCCUGAGAUCGAAGCUUGAUUUCCAGGAAGAGACUUCAAUUUCGCCAUACAUAGACUUGAACAUCAAUGGCGAUAUUGUCAGGUAUAGAUUCAUUAGUAUGGAAUUCCGCAAGAAGUUGAGUUUUGAUUUCAACGGUCGCGAAGUCCAGUACAACAUGGUAGAGGGAGGUAAUCUUGGAGGACGUAAGGUCGAGGUACUUUUUGUAGGAGACAUGGCAUUGGAUGCGUCUGGUGAAGAGAGGAAGAGGUUCGGACAAUUGAUGAACGAUGCUGUUCUGUUUGUGAGCGAGCUCUAA